UGCUGUUGUGAUCACAACCAUAAUCUCAAAUUAAUAAAAGGAUAAUCUGCCGGUUUUUGCUUUUUGAUUAUUUCCAGAGAGUAUGCUAGAAGUGUAGAUGAUGAUGUUUCCAAUGUGAAUGGAGAACUCUAGUAGGAAGUAAUUUAAAGGUUUCGUCACUGAAGUUUUGAUGGACAUCCAUUUCAUUUAAGUCUCUGGAAGCAUAGAGGUCAUUUUAAGGCUUUUAUUUUUCCUCUUCAACUAUAACACUCUUCCCAUCUGGAGAUAAAAUAAAAAAAUACAAAAUAGUAUUGUGAACUGCCCAGGGACUUUUUUGUAUGGGGCGGUAUAUAAAUAUACUAAAUAAAAUAAAUAAAUAUUCCUUAUGUUAAUUAACCAGGUUUGAUAAAGUGGUUCUGCUUGUAACUUUGGCAGAGUGACGUGAUUUCUUUAAACCUAGCCAAUAUGGCACUCUGCCAGUUUAACUCCUAAUAUGAGUCCUUUUGCUGUUCAAAUGAAAGCUAUGUUGAUUCUGUGGAUUGUCUGUAAUAUGCUGUAUGAACAUAACAAUUCCUGGCAAUUGUAGCUUUUCCUAACAUUUCUAGACCUUAUAUUUGGGGAUAGGAAGUUGCAUGUAGCAGUCUCAGAAACUAAAACAUGCCAAGAUGAGGUUUUACGUUUGGAAGGGUGACACUCGGUGUCUUUAACGGCUCUUCAUAGUACCCCAUUACAUUAAUCUGUGUACUUUUCCUGAUCCCCUUCACCAGUGUAGUCCAUGACUAAAUUCAAGAGAAUGUCCAAACUGUAUUAAAUGUUUAGGUGGUGUGCAAACUUCACUGGAGAAUUUUUAAACUAAAUUUUACAAGUCAUCUUCAUGAGUUAAGGAGAAUACAAAAUGAGAUUCUAUUUCACCUUUGUAUCAAUUGUUUAAAGGCAUUACUUUGCAUUGCCCACUAACCCAGGCGAACAGUUCUACAUGUUCUGUACCCUUGCUGCUUGGCUGAUUAAUAAAGCAGGGCACCCUUUUGAACAACCACAAGAAUAUGAUGACCCAAAUGCAACAAUAUCCAGCAUUCUUUCAGAGCUGCGGUCCUUUGGGAGGUCUGUGGAUUUUCCUCCAUCAAAGUUAAAGGCAGGAUGUGGAGAACAAGCGUGUUAUGUUCUUGAUUGUUUAGCUGAGGAAGCCUUGAAACAUACAUCGUUUGCCUGGAAAAGGCCAACAUAUCCAACGGAAGAACUGGAAGAAGAAGCAAUAAUGGAAGAUGAUGCUGAACUGACCCUUAAUAAAGUAGAAGAAAUAAUUGCGGAAGAAGAGACAGACAAUGAAGAAAACUACAUUGAUCUGAAUGUCUUAAAGGCACAAACUUAUAAAUCCGAUAUGAUUGAAUCAAAACAAGAAGAAAUUUUAGAAUCCACAGUAGAUGCAGCUGAAUGGAACCUUGAAGUGGAAAGGGUUCUUCCUCAGUUGAAAGUUACAAUCAGAACUGAUAAUAAGGAUUGGCGAAUCCAUGUAGACCAAAUGCACCAGCACCAAGAUGGAAUUGAAUCUGCCUUAAAAGAUACCAGGGGCUACCUUGACAAACUUCAUAAUGAAAUCAGCAGGACUCUGGAAAAGGUCAGCAGCCGGGAAAAGUACAUCAACAAUCAGCUGGAGCAUUUGGUCCAAGAAUUUCGUUCUGCGCAGGCUCUUAUGAGUGAGACCAAAGAAAAAUACCAACAAGGAAGUGGAGGGGUAACGGAGAGGACUAGAAUUCUGUCCGAGAUUACUGAAGAAUUAGAGAAGGUAAAGCAGGAAAUGGAAGAGAAGGGAAGCAGUAUGACUGACGGAGCUCCUUUAGUAAAGAUUAAACAAGCUUUAACCAAACUGAAGCAAGAAACCGUUCAGAUGGACAUACGAAUUGGUGUAGUGGAACACACAUUACUUCAGUCAAAACUGAAAGAAAAAUCAAAUAUGACUAGAGAUAUGCACGCUACUAUAAUUCCAGAUUCUUCCAUUGUUGGUACCUAUUAAACUUGCUCACUUGUUUUUAUUAUUCUAGGCAAAUCAAAUUUUGUACAUAAUAUAUUUUUUUACAUGAUGUAUGUCACGUUAUAUAGAACAUUACAGAUCUGUUAAUUUUGUUUGUAUAAAUGGAGUAAUGCUACAUUUUAUGUCCAAGGAGAUUUAUUACCCCCCCUUUUUUUUGUAAAAACAAUUUAAUAAAAUCUCAUUAACAAGC